AUGAAUCUCGACGAGGAGGCGAAGCUCUACACGACGAAUCAGGAGCGCGAGCAGGUCGAGAAUCUCGCCACGCUCUACUCCAUAAUCGUUUCUCUCGAUUACCUGGAACGAGCCUAUGUCAGGGAUUCGGUGACGUCGAAAGAUUAUGCGCCGGCUUGCACGAGGUUGUUGGCUCAGUACAAGAGCCUGAUGAAACUCGUCGGAGAAGACAUUGGUGGAGUGGAGGCAUUCAUGAAGCGAUACAGGGCUUUCAUUACAUUCAUGGACGCACUCAAACUCAACCUUCGCGCCAAAGACCAGCUGCACCCAUUGCUUACAGAGGUGAUGGCGGGCUACGCAAAGUUCAAGGAUUCGGCCCAAUGGGAGGGAAGAGCCAAGAUUAUUCACUGGCUCAUCACGCUCAACGCCAUGAAAGCCGCGGACGAGAUCACGGAGGACCAGUCAAGGCAGAUGCUGUUCGACAUUGAGAACGCUUAUAACGAGUUCUUCAGGUCGCUGAGCGGGAAGUAG